AUGCAAAGCCUGGUAGUAUUUGUAAGGGGCGUAGCACGACAGAUCACCGGCUCGGUCGAGAAUGCAACCACCAGUGACGUCAUACAGGCCCUGGCCCAGGCCGAUCAUUAUACUGGAAAGUUCACUCUCGUUGUGGUGGACAGAACGAAUGUAAGACAUAAAGGAAGGGUCAAGAGAACCCACCAUUUCAGCAGGUUGAGUACUUUUUGCGCUCCGUUGAAGUACCAUUUGAAGUAAUUCGAAAUUUGAUUGCGCAACGGAUCGAAGUCCACUUGGAGAUGAAGGAAGUGGACCCGAGGGCCGAGUUGGUGCUGCCCAGGAGCAGAUCACUGUCAAAUGUUUUAGGGAAACAAAACCCCCCAGGUUUGUGCUUCUAUUACCAUUAUUUACUAAUAUGUUUCCUUUCAGGUUACGUUUCUAAUCGUCUCUCAACUCCCGAAGACAAUCAUAUAAAACCUACCCAAAGUGAAAAAAAUCUGCCCAAUAUAAAUCUUGAAUCGUUGAAUAUCACCCGAAAAGACGUGGAAAAUAUUAUUUUAAGUCAAUUGUAAGAAUUACUUCAAGCAUUUUGAUUCCGCUUUCUAGAAAGAAUAUAGAAGAACAGAAAGAAGAUUUGGCCCGUUUGAGUGCGGAGGUAACUGAUAAGACCGACAAAGAGUAUCUACAACUGCUACGACAAAGGGUAAUCAAAUAUUUGAUUCUUAUUUAGAUUUUAGAGAAAUCUGAGAAAAACAAUAGAACAAUUAGAGGAAAGUCAGUGGGAAAAGAAGCGACAGAUUGAAGAGGAGAAGCUAGAUAGACUUCAAACUGCCAUAGAUGCUAUGGCAAUUGCUCUAGACAAUAAAAUGAUGUAAGGAAAUAAGCCCAUAAUCAUAAUAUGAUUGGAAUAUAGAGAAGAACGAUUAUAUAACUCAAAUUUUAGGGAAUUAAACGACAUCUUGAGGUUGCAGACACAACUCACUUACCAGAUGAAAAGCUUGAAACAAAAAGACCUGUUUUAA